UUGGUGCCUCUGGCUUGACGCACACACACACACACAUUCGUUACGCACGCGCACGCACACAUACUGAGGGUGACUUGUAUAGGCAGCCAGCGGAGAGAGAGAGAGAGAGAGAGAGAGAGAGAGAGAGAGAGAGAGAGAGAGAGGAGCGCUCUCAGAAACAGAAAGGUACACAGAGAAAAGAGUGGACGACAGAAAGUAAGAGAAGGAGAAGGAGGACGGUGGCUCCUGAGCAUCUCUCCUGCGCACCUUUUCACUCCUGCACCGCUCACGGAUCUUAAAAAGUCUCCACUUAACUUUAUCGUCCUCGAUUUAAAUUUUUUUCUUCUUCUUUCUCAACAGAGAUUAAAACUUUAAAGAGGUAUUUUAACAUUUUCUUCUUUUUUGGGGGGGUGAGAGUUGAGAGGAGAGAGACGCGAUUCCUGGAAGAGUUUUCGUUCAUUUUUUCCCCCCAAACCAAGUCUUUCCAUCCCGAGAGAAGUUUAAAAAAGUAAAGCCCUUGUUUAGUUCCAGGGCUCCGGCUUCACUUUUUCCACGUGUCCCACGGUGUCCCAGCUUUUGACAUAAACGUGUCACCUUGAGAUUUUGAUUUGCCUUCAAGGUUUUUUUGUCUUCCUCCACCUCCUCUCUCUCACUUUAUUAGCAAACUUCAUUUUAAGUCAUUGACCCACAAACGAGAACAAAAAUGAGAUUUCAAACAUCUUCUCUGUUUGGUUCUUGUCCUAAACCUUUACAUCAUUAAGACAAAGUGCGGUUUGAUGAUUUUAUUUUUACAGCUGAGGUGUGAUAUUUGAAGACUUGGAGUCUGACAGCGCAGCUCACCUGUAGCAUCUCCUCCGCUCAGCUUUGACUUGCACUUUUUUUUACGCACAGAAACGCCACUUUGUGACUUUUUAAAAACCCGCCGAUCCAGGCUGUCUGACUGAGAGAAGCUCGCACUCCACACACUUCAUUCAUUCUGAAAACACAGCCGCCUCUUGUCACGUCCAGAGCGCUUUGGAGUGCGUAAAGGCAGCGCUGCGCUUUUACGCAAAAGAAAAAGUUGAAAAUCCAACUUUUAAAUCGGCGCUUGGAUCCAGAUCUACUCGUUUUCUUUUUUUGUCACAACUAUAAAGUUUCAGCGCAGCUUCCACCAGCUUUUUUUUUCUUUUUUUUUUGAAAGUCGUCCAGAGCUCCAGAGAGACCGCCGGGCUCUCCAUCACGAUGCUGUUCGACAGUUUCGACCUCGUGUCGGCUCUGGCCACCCUGGCCGCCUGCCUGGUGUCCAUGGCCCUGCUCCUCGCCGUCUCCCAGCAGCUGUGGCAGCUCAGAUGGACGGCCACGCGGGAUAAAAACUGCAAGCUGCCCAUGCCAAAAGGAUCCAUGGGUUUUCCCUUCAUCGGCGAGACCUGCCACUGGCUCCUGCAGGGUUCGGGUUUCCAUGCGUCACGGAGACAGAAGUACGGCAACGUCUUCAAGACUCAUCUCCUGGGUCGCCCUCUGAUCCGAGUGACGGGCGCCGAAAACGUCCGCAAGGUUUUGAUGGGCGAGCAUACGCUGGUGACGGUGGACUGGCCUCAGAGCACUUCCACGCUGCUUGGACCCAACUCGCUGGCCAACAGCAUUGGAGACAUCCACCGCAAGAGGAGGAAGGUGUUUGCCAAAGUGUUCAGCCAUGAGGCCUUGGAGUCCUACCUCCCCAAAAUCCAGCAGGUCAUCCAAGAAAGCCUUCGAGUGUGGAGCUCCAACCCCGAGCCCAUCAACGUCUACAGGGAGAGCCAGAGGUUGUCGUUCACCAUGGCGGUGAGGGUGCUGCUGGGCUUCAGGGUGUCAGAGGAGGAGAUGAGGCAUCUGUUCUCAACCUUCCAGGACUUUGUUGACAACCUGUUCAGCCUGCCCAUAGACCUGCCAUUUAGCGGCUACAGGAAGGGUAUCCGUGCACGAGACACUCUGCAAAAAAGCAUAGAAAAGGCCAUCAGGGAGAAGCCUCUGUGUUCCCAGGGGAAGGAUUACAGCGACGCACUGGACGUCCUGAUGGAGAGCGCCAAAGAGAACGGCACUGAGCUCACCAUGCAGGAGCUGAAGGAGUCGACCAUCGAGCUGAUCUUUGCUGCCUUUGCCACAACUGCCAGCGCCAGCACCUCCCUCAUCAUGCAGCUCCUCCGCCACCCUGCUGUCCUGGAGCGCCUCAGGGAGGAGCUGAGAGCCAGGGGCCUCCUCCACAACGGCUGCCUCUGCCCUGAAGGAGAGCUGAGGCUGGACACCAUUGUGAGCCUCAAGUACCUGGACUGCGUCAUCAAGGAGGUGCUGAGACUCUUUACACCAGUCUCAGGGGCCUACCGAACCGCCAUGCAGACCUUUGAACUUGACGGAGUCCAGAUUCCCAAGGGCUGGAGCGUGAUGUACAGCAUUCGGGACACCCAUGACACCUCUGCAGUCUUUAAGGAUGUGGAUGCCUUCGACCCUGACCGCUUCAGCCAGGAGCGGGGCGAAGACAAAGAAGGACGCUUCCACUACCUGCCCUUUGGCGGUGGCGUCCGGUCCUGUCUGGGCAAGCAGCUCGCCACCCUCUUCCUCCGCAUCCUUGCUAUCGAGCUGGCCAGCACCAGCCGCUUCGAGCUGGCCACCCGGCAGUUCCCCCGCGUGGUCACGGUACCUGUGGUCCACCCUGUCGAUGGGCUGAAGGUCAAGUUCUAUGGCUUGGACUCCAACCAGAAUGAAAUCAUGGCCAAGUCAGAGGAGCUGCUGGGAGCGACAGUUUGAAGGGCAGAGAGAUGACGAGUUGGGGUGGGGGUGAGUGAUUGAAGAAGUCUUUAGGGAGAAGAUUGAAGAAAGGAAAGAAGGAAUUUCAGAGUUAUCUUUUCUUCUCCACCUUUAUUCUGCCAAGUUGGAGGUUCUUUUUCAGACUAAAAGAAAAGCAGAAGUCUUCGUCUCGUUACAACUGAUAAUGAUUGGGACUUUCCUCUGAGAAAGGAAGAAGCUGCCAAAAAAGUUCUUAAUUAUGCUCUAUUCUGUGUAUUUUUUUAAAGAAAUAUACAAACAAAAUGUAUGUACAAAAAAGCUAUGUAAUAUAAUUUGAAAGAGAAUGUGGGUAGUGCACAAUGGGAGAAAGAGAAGUAUGGUGGUACUUUUGGUGAAAUGAAGUGUUGAAAUUAGAAAAGUAUAAGUAAAGAUGGUUGUGGAAGGAUGGCGAGAUGGAUGAAACAGGGUAUAGGAUGAAAGAAUAUGAUAUUUUAGCAUUUUGCUUGUACUUAAUCAAAAUCAAUGAACCAUUUCAGUUGUCUAGCAGGGUAAAAGAGAUGGAUAUAUAGACUGAAAGUUCUAGAUUUUCUGGUCCAAAUUGGUAAAUUUGUGGUCAGACUUCUUCAUGGUGCCACCAAGAUUCAGCUCGUUUUCUUCUUAUUUGAAAAAGAUUUGGAAGGAAAACAGAAAUCACUGAUGGCUUUUUUCAGGUGUUUUCCAUCUAAGGUCUAUCAAAAUUCAAAUUGUUUACUAGCUUACAGAUGCAGUCAAAAGGAUCAUAGCACAGUGGGUAGCAGGUUGUGGCACAGAUAGACAUGCUGAGCUUGUCAGAUCAGCUCUGAUGAUUUCUUCGAGCUAACUGUAUCAUGAUGCAGUAAAUACGGUUUAAAUUUGUUGUGGUAAUUAGGGUCAAGUAUCAAUUCAGGCAGUGAAGGAAAGGGCUGUGCGUAGAAAUGUAACGGAUGUAGUUCUGAUGUUGAGGAUAUACUGGCUGCAUAUUUUAAGGGGCAGAACACAUAACAUUUAAUGUAAAUGGGCAAUUUGUUCUGUUUCUUACGACAACUUUGCCUGCUGUUUUUUCAUGAACUGAUUUUUAACCCAACACUUUACAAAUUGCUUCCAUCCAUGCGCCAUACAGUAAAAUAAGCUCAUCAAACUACCAACAUUACAAAGAUACAUUAGAAGCAUAAAGGGUAAGAACCGCAGAAUAGUAAUAGAAGGGAUCUUACUGCUUGAAUAAAAGAAGAGUGCAGUUACAACUACAAUAAAGAAGAGAGGAACAAGGGAGUCUUAAACUCUUUGAGAUACUUCUUGAGGAGGUAAACUGUUGCUGGAAGAUGAAUACCAUCUUUUUGGCUUUAACAAAAUCUACACUUGUUUUUUGGGUUUCAAAUAAUCAAGAGACAAAGUUAUCAAGAGACAAAACACAAAGUGUACUCACAAGAAACUCAAAGAAACUGCAAGCCCAUAUUUAGACUUCCUAAAUUGUACCUUGAACCUACCUAGGUUUCCUUAUUAUCAGUAUCUUCAGUGAAAACCUUGCGUCGUCUUCGUCUCUGCAACCCACAGGUUGCCCAUCUGCAUUGAUUCAAAAUGUUGCCCACAUAUAUAGCAUAUCCAAGUAAUCUUGGUGGUGUGUGAACUCAGGUGCUGAGUAGACAUAGUGGUGAAUUAUGAAUAAGCCUUUGCUUUUUGAUAUUUAACUCUGACUGACUGCACAUAAAAAGACUAUCAUUUACUCACUGUUGUAGUUUCACAGCUGGACCGAUUACUUUUUGAAAUUCUGUCAACUACUUUGCUUUCUGUUCACAUAUAUAAAAAGAUAUCAGGGGUUUCCAUUAGUGUUUGCUAUCACUUGACAUUUUAGCUUCCGCAAGAAUUCUGUAUCCCCUCCCAAGGAGACAAUUUUGGUGGUGCAAGCAGAAUCAACCAACAGGAAUUCCCAAUUGGCAUCACACAAGAUAAAAGUAACUGAAUCCAGGUCAAACUGUAAUAGGGUCCAGGUCUGCUUUGUAAACUCUCUGAACCUGUGCUUUGAUUUAUAAAGUACACUUCUAAGUUGCAUUGAGAUUGUACUCUCUCGGACGGUGACUUUAUCCCACGACGAGGAAUACGAUAAAGAACUCGCUCUCACGAAUCUGCGCAAAUUCCUGAGCUGGAGGAGGAGAAAGGACAGAGGGAUAAGGUGGAGGUGGAGAGGAGAUGACCUACAUACAUGCUGCUUGAGUGUUGCUUUGUCAUUCUGUUUGUUUGUUUGUUUGUCUGCUGUUUUUAUUUUCCCGUCUCCUUGGGGCAGUCAUUUUAAGUUCUGUGGAGAAGGUGACGUUCUGUCUUGCUGCUCCUCCAAUCAACGCUAAGAAUGCAAAACAAAAUAAAUUUCAUGGUUUAAGCAACUUUAUUAGCUAAAAGAGAUUUAUUGUUUGAGGUGAUUGCACAAUCAGGACUCUCAGAGCUUUGUGUGUUACAUUAAUGGAGAGGAAGUUUCCCAUAUAUGGAAAGAUUCUUCAACGGAACUCUGGGACUUAUUAGCGGAACUCUGGGACAUUCUAGAAUCCUCGGACAGAGUUCUAAGUUCCAAACUGAAAGCUUGAGAGAGAAGGACCAAUGAGGAUUCAGGGGAGGGCAGGGCCAUGCUCAGAGGGCUUUUCCUAUUGGACGAUCCUGUUGUCCAGUAUCAUUCCAGAUGGAUUCUGCCUGUGCCAGACAUUGUUCACUCUUUCUACCAACCACACCACUGAUCUCUUCAUGAUAAAAAAUAUGAAAAUAGAAUUUUUUUUUGCUGCUUUUUUCUUGUGUAUAUUUUCUAAUUGAGAGUUCUAGAUUGCAAUAGUUUGUAUCGAUUGAGAUUCGCUAUUUCUUUCCCUUUUUAUGUAUACUGUAUAUAUACACACACACAUAUAUAUAUAUACAGUAUAUAUAUGAUUUAGCUGGUUAAAAUAUUUGCAUUUUGUGAAAACAAAAAGAGCAUUUAUAGGUUAUAGUGUAUAUUAAUUUGUACAAGAUUCCUUUCUUUAGCAAGCCAUGGGGAAAAUCAGCUAUUUACGUCUACUAAUAACCUAAUAUUAAUGUUAUUGUACGAUUAAUAUUGUUGUUAUAAGAUAUUUGAAAUGCUAUUUUUUAUUCUAUUACAGAUUUAGAGUUUUUAGCCUAAAUGAGAAGGUCUUUGGUAAAUAUUGGAUGUAUUUAGAAUGUUAUGUAUUUCAGUUAUAUUGUAAACAGUGUUUAAAAUGUUAAUAUUGUUGAUUUGAUUACUGUAAUAAUUAUUAUUUGUUUUGUUAUUCAGACUUAUUAUCACUGCAUUUUAUUUGAUAUUAAUUAUGGAAAACAGAAAGCACUUGCGAGGUAUGUCUAUUUUUUAAGUGCCAUGCGACUACACUUCCCCUUCCUCUCACCUGUUGGUUUCUCUGAACCUGUCUUAUGUCAUUCUGUACAUAAUAUUUGUAUUUCUUUUUACAGGAAAAAAUGUUCAUUUAGUUUAAAUAUGAAUGUCUUGUUCUACUUUCUUCCUUUCCUUUUUUUUUUUUUUUUUUUUUUUUUUUGGUUACCGUGAUUGUUAAAUGUACUCCUGUAAUAAACUAUAAAGUGAAAAGGA